CAAGUAGCAGUCCUACGUGAAGGUGAACCCGGGCCGCUUGUCUCUCUCUGGCCGUAGCUGGUCGCUCCUUCCAUCCGUGUCCUCCUGCUGACAUGUCCGUAUUCAGCGAUGUCCCGCAAGCCGCUCCGGUGGCGGUGUUCAAACUGACGGCUGAUUUCAAGGAGGACACUCACCCUCAGAAGGUGAAUCUGGGAGUUGGAGCGUACCGUACAAAUGAGGGCCAGCCCUGGGUGCUGCCCGUGGUGAAGAAAGUGGAGCGGUUGAUUGUGGAGGACAAUAGUCUGAACCAUGAGUACCUGCCCAUCCUGGGCCUGCCCGAGUUUCGCUCCGCUGCCUCCAAAGUCGCCCUGGGAGACGACAGCGCUGCCAUUAAGGAGAACAGGGUGGGAGGAGUCCAGUCUCUGGGCGGGACAGGUGCGCUGAAAAUCGGUGCAGAGUACCUGCGGAAGUGGUACAAAGGUGACAACGACAUGGACCCGCCUGUCUACAUCUCAGAACCCACAUGGGAGAAUCAUAACGGUGUUUUUACUGAUGCUGGCUUCAAAGACAUCCGUCCCUACUGUUACUGGGACGCCGCUAAGAGGGGCCUGGACUUCAGCGGGCUCACCGACGACCUGGAGAAAGCUCCAGAAUACUCCAUCUUUGUUCUCCAUGCCUGUGCCCACAACCCGACCGGUACCGACCCGACCCAGGAGGAGUGGAAGAAGAUCGCAGAAAUCAUGAAGAGAAGGAAGUUGUUUGCGUUCUUUGACUCGGCCUACCAGGGCUUUGCCUCGGGCAGCUUGGAGAAGGACGCCUGGGCCAUCCGCUACUUUGUGUCCCAGGGCUUCGAGAUGUUUGUGGCUCAGUCCUUCUCCAAAAACUUUGGACUAUACAACGAGAGAGUGGGAAACCUCACGAUUGUUACCCAGGACAGCGACAGUCUGACCCGUGUCUUGUCUCAGAUGGAGAAGAUAGUCAGGACAACCUGGUCCAACCCGCCUUCACAAGGAGCGCGCAUCGUCAGCAAGACCCUCAACUGCCCUGAGCUCUUCGCUGAAUGGAAGGGCAACGUGAAGACGAUGGCGGACCGGGUUCUGUCCAUGAGGGAUCAGCUGAAGGCCAAGCUGCAGGCUCUGGGCACCCCAGGGACGUGGGACCACAUCACCCAGCAGAUCGGCAUGUUCAGCUUCACCGGCCUUAACCCCAUUCAGGUGGAGUAUAUGAUCAAAGAGAGGCAUGUGUACCUGAUGCGCAGCGGUCGCAUCAAUAUGUGCGGCUUGACCACCAAUAACAUCGACUACGUGGCAGAGUCCAUGCACGAGGCCGUCACCAAGGUCCAGUGAAGACUGCUUCUGUCUCCGCCCACUUCUGCCCCCUGAAUCAUAAUGGUCAUGUAAUGUGCCCCGCCUACAUCCAUGCUGAUUGCACCGCGUCCUCUCCUCUGAUUGGUUCAGCACCAGGAAGACCGAUCUUUCUGUUUUCAUAUGAAGUUAUAAAAAGUGAUGUUUAGAGAGACUUUAAAAAAACAAAACAAAAAGCCAUCAGUUUGUGGCUCUGCAGGGCUUCGUGACGUCACGUGUUCUUCCUCAGUAAUGUGUUGCACUGAAUACGUCCGUACAGAUAAGUUAAUGUAAAUAGAUUUGAUCUCUGUUCCAUAUAAUUUUAUUUCCAGUGAUUCAUAAUGAAUCCAGUUUUUAGUCUUUAAAAUAAACAGUUAUCUGUUACAGUGCAUCACUCUUAACUCUAUUUAGCUGCUUCAGAUGGUGAGGAAGCACAAACGGUUUGUGUCUGAAGAGCGGCAUUGUGGGAACAGUUAUUGGUGACACUUGUCGUGCACGUGCCUGAUGUCUCAGGAUUCUUUUGUGCGGCACCACGAGAGAUUUUCCUAUUUUUACCCAAUGAUCCGACAAAAAAAUAUAUUGUAAUUUUAUUUUUUCUUGUUUUCUGUGCCAGCCGUGAAUUGCUUCAUGUCAUGUUACAGGAAGCCGGCGUGAUGUUGGUCACGCUAAUGCUAGCCACUUAGCCGCCCUCACGUGAUGUUUUAGUGCUUCUAUGGUAAACAACAGUGUACCUGCAUACACACUUCAAUAAACUAACAGGAUCCAAAAGUCUGA